AUGAAUAACAGUGGUGAGAAAGGGAGCUUUGUAAGCUACACAUGGGGUUCACAGACGGUGAAUAUCAAUCCGAUACUGCUAAGAUUCCGUCCAAUCGCUCCGAAACCGGUGACCGGAGAGUCUGAUUCCAGUGGGUGUCAGUUUGGUAACAAAAACUCGUUGCUUUGUAAGCCAAGAGCUAAAAGAAAGUACGUUAGGGUUCGAAAGAAUAAUAUCAAGAGAAAGAAAAGAUCAUCAUCAUCAACACCAGAUCAUCGUCAACAAGCUUCAAAUAAAAUCGAAAAUAUUGUGACUCUGCAGUUAUUACCGGAGAAAACUGAAGCGAACGGUUCAAUCAACUAUGUAAACAGUGCAGUUUCAGAGGAAAAUGAUCAAGAUCUACUACCUUCUUUGUUCAACUCGAACUCGAACUCGAACUCGAACAGCCGUUGCAUUAAUCGUGUCGGACUUUUGGAGGAACCUGAUCGUACGACCGCGGUAGUUCAAACGGUGGUUGAUUCUUGUGUAACAGUGGAAUGCGUGACGGAUACUUGCAUGGUAGGGAGGGAGCUAGGGUAUACUGAUGUGGAGAAGAUGAAGAACCUGGAGACCGACACGUGUCCAGGGUUUAUAUCCGACGGUUUGAAUAGGGUUCGGUGGGUUAACGGGGCAUAUAAGAGGAUGCUGACGGCGGCGGAAGGGCUUAAGGUGCGGCUGCCGCCGGUGUCGUUGCCGGAGAUAAAGGUUUGGCUUGUGAUUAAAGAAGAUUUACCUAAAUUUUGCACUGCAUUUUCAUGCAAGGUGAGGUUGCAGUUCACGUGGCAGAACAAGUGUUCCACGAUAAUGUUGCCCUGUGAUGUCUGGAAAAUGGAUCGCGGUGGUUUUGCAUGGCGGCUCGACGUCGAGGCUGCUCUUAGUCUCGGCCGUUAA